AUGAUAGUUAACGCGAGAGUGUUUGUGUUGAUUGCGCUGGUAACCUAUAGCGUAUGCGCUCAUACAAUCGACAUUCGAGAUCCUUAUAAAAGAACUAAUGAUAAAAAAUAUGCUGGAUCCAUGCUGGCUGAGAUCGCAAAGGAAUUAGUGCAAAGAUCGACGACCAGCAGUCAGGUGCUGACUUUAAAUCUCUCGAACUUGUUAUUACUUUUGGUGCUCAAAGUAAUUGUGUUCGGCGCUGGCUACAUAGGACAUGGUUACAAAGGACGCGAAUUAGAAGAUGAAAAUAUUGUAUCGGAGGGUGAGCUUGCAUUAGCGCUUGGGUAUCUGAUCGGUGAUACCUGUUUGUACAGAGCAGCUUGCGAAGAGCCACAUACUGCGAGAGAAUAUCUCGGCGCAGCAGAAAUGCUCUUGCAAACGAUGAAGUUGAUGCCACAAAGCUUACCUGUAGAAUCCAAUUAUGAGAAGACGAUCACAGAGUUCCGGAAGGCGAUUGAGUAUGGCAAUAUCGAGCAAUGUCCAUCAGAGUACAGCUGCAAAAAAGAAAACUUGAGUAAUUUCUUACAAAGUGAAAACCGAUAA